UGCUUAUCCAAUAGCAACCAGCCAUGGAAGGAGGUGUGUACGGGCGUGUGCGUAGCUCCGUCUCUGUCUAUAUAUGUGUGCGCGCGUGUGUCCGUCCAUAUGCACGCACACACAGAGGGACACACACACAAACUUUUGCACGCAAACGACCUCAUUUCCGGUACCUGUCAUUGAGCGACCGCCCUAGAGCGGGUUGCGUGAGGGGGACAAGGCUAAGUUACGUCUCUCUCCCUCCUGUCGUCGUCGUCGUCCUCCUCCUCCUCCUCCUCGGUCUCCCGCGCUUGGCUGCUGGUUAAGAUCACCGCGGCGGGGCAGCCCCCGGGGGGGGGGACUCGAGCCCGCGCAGCCAUGCCAGGCGAGGAGGAGCAAGAAAGGCGCUCUGGCUCAGGCGGCAACGGCGACAGUCACGACGGAGCCCCGUGGCGCAGGCGGAUGGAUUCUUCCUUGACUGGCUGGGACUUUCCGUCUGGAGGCGACCGGGGACCUGCUUCGCUCUGAAAGGAGCCCAGGAUAUUGGCGGCGGCCCGGCGGCCGAGGGAUCUUCGUACGGCGAAGAAGUCGGGAGGCGCCCGCGUCCUUUCGGUGGCCAAGGCAGGCGCCCUGGGCAGCUCCUCGCUCCUCAAGACCAGGUGUGCCUGCUUUGAGCGAGUGGCCUGCUUCCUUUCCCCGGGUUCUCAGGUAUAGGAAAUACCAGGGGCGCAGAGAAUCGUUGCAGUCCAGAAUUCAUGGUGCAUCAAACAAUAAUGAACAAGUGUGCCUACACAAUGGAAGGGAAACAUAUUUUGGAUAACAUCCUCACUUCCAGCCAUCUAAGAGCCUGUCAGAAAUGACAUUUAACAAAUGUUAACUGACAUACCUCAUCUCACCAAAAUGGUGGACACAGAAAGCCAGCUUUGUCUCCUUGUUCCUUUAAAAGAGGAGGAUUUUGGCAGCCCUUUAUCUGAAGACUUUUUGCAGGACAUGGAGAGUAUAAAGGAGUUAUCACAGUCUAUAAGUGGGGAUAGUUCAGGAGCAUUAAGCAUAGCAGACUUCCAGUCAUUGGGAAAUGGACCUGGGUCAGAUGGCUCAAUCAUUACAGAUUCUCUCUCACCAGCCUCAAGUCCUUCAUCUGUGAAUCUUGCCAUAGCCCCAAGUAGCAAAGAUGAACUACCUAAUGCAACAUUAAACAUUGAAUGUAGAAUAUGUGGAGAUAAAGCUUCAGGCUACCAUUAUGGAGUUCAUGCUUGUGAAGGUUGCAAGGGCUUUUUUAGGCGAACAAUCAGACUAAAACUUGACUAUGACAGAUGUGAUCGCAACUGCAAAAUUCAGAAAAAGAAUCGUAAUAAGUGCCAGUACUGUCGUUUUCAAAAGUGCCUUUCAGUUGGAAUGUCUCAUAAUGCAAUUCGAUUUGGACGGAUGCCAAGAUCAGAGAAAGCAAAGUUGAAAGCUGAAAUUCUAAUAAGUGAACACUGUAUAGAAAAUUCAGAAAUUGCAGAUCUUAAAUCACUUGCCAAGAGAAUCUAUGAAGCGUAUUUGAAAAACUUUAACAUGAACAAGGUCAAAGCCAGACUCAUUCUUGCUGGGAAAACCAAUAACAAUCCACCAUUUGUUAUACAUGAUAUGGAUACAUUGUGUAUGGCAGAGAAGACACUCGUGGCAAAAUUAGUAGCCAAUGGAAUACAAAACAAAGAAGCAGAAGUUCGAAUCUUCCACUGUUGCCAGUGUACCUCAGUUGAGGCUGUAACAGAACUUACUGAAUUUGCCAAAUCUAUCCCUGGCUUCUCUAACCUAGACUUGAAUGACCAAGUGACUCUGUUAAAAUAUGGGGUUUAUGAAGCCAUGUUUGCCAUGUUGGCCUCUGUGAUGAACAAAGAUGGGAUGCUAGUAGCUUAUGGAAAUGGCUUUAUAACUCGAGAAUUCCUCAAAAGUCUACGGAAGCCGUUUUGUGAUAUUAUGGAACCGAAGUUUGAUUUUGCAAUGAAAUUCAAUUCAUUGGAGCUCGAUGAUAGUGACAUAUCUCUUUUUGUGGCUGCUAUAAUUUGUUGUGGAGAUCGCCCUGGCCUUGUAAACAUAGGACACAUUGAAAAGAUGCAGGAGAGCAUUGUGCAUGUACUUAAACUGCACCUGCAAAGCAACCACCCGGAUGACAUCUUCCUUUUCCCAAAACUUCUACAAAAAAUGGCAGACCUCCGACAGCUUGUCACAGAGCAUGCUCAGCUUGUUCAGAUAAUCAAAAAGACUGAAUCUGAUGCACACUUACACCCUUUGCUACAAGAAAUCUACAAAGAUAUGUACUAGGGUUCUUUCAUUUCUGUAUGAUAUGUAAAGAGAAGAGCAAUAGUAAUAGAUGGGAGCAAAUUACUUUGCACACUUUUCUCAGCUGUGCUUUAAUCGCAAAGCAUCACUAAGCUUAAAAAUAUAGAUAACUGGAAUAUCACAUUUGUCAUGCCAGGCCUUAUUUUGAUGUACUGAAUAUAAAUUGUACAAUAUUUAUGGAUACAGUAAUAAUCUGUGAUUCACUUGAAAUUUUGGUGGCAGCAGGGAGAAUUUAGUUAUGUGACAAAUGAUCAUACUAAAAUGCUGGUUCUGAAGUUUCUGAUUUUUAAGCACUCACUUUUUCAUCUUCAUUUCCGUGAAAAAGCUAGACAUUUGGGCCAGGAUUCAAAGGUCACAAAAAGGACUUCAGUUUGUUUUCUCACAUGAUAUAGGGCAAAUUAUAUUUGAAAUCCACAAAAGUUAGAAAACCAGAUUGGGAUGUGGCAUGAAGAAGGCAAAAUGGUCUGCUUUUGGAAGAACAGAAAAUCUAUGUACUACUGAUUGCACCCAGUCCUUUAGAUGCAUCUAAGAUACUUGUACAAAUUCUAGCUUCUUUUUCAGAAACAUAUCCAUGUCACAGUAGAUUGAUCUCCACAGAUGAGGAACAUUUUAAAAAGUCUCUCUUCCUAGGCAGUGACAUUUGUGUCACAUGAGCUAUAUAUCAUGAAGAACCCUGUGUGAGUUCUUAAGGGCUUUGCAUGCCAAUGGAAUUAGAUUUGAAAAAAGAGUGAGGAAAAAAUGCUUCCUUCUCCAUUACAUAUAACAACUGGCCAGUUUCUAAAAUCAAUUUUCUAUGCAAGAUAGAUGACCACAAACCUAAUGAUCCCAUAAUUUUGCAGAACUGGAGGAUGAUUCAUUGUGGUCUGGAUUUUGAUCUCAGACAGAGUUUGCAUUCCUAAAUACAGUUGCCUUAAUCCUAAAUUCAAUAUGAUUUUUGCCUGAUAAAGACUUACAGAGAAUUUGAAAGUUUGCCUUAUUUUGUAACUUUAAAGUAUUACUCAAUCCAGAACUUUAUGUCUAUAAAGGGCUGUGGGCAGAUUUGAUUUUAGCCAUUAUUUAUUGGCAGAAUAAAUCAAAGAGGUAGCACUAGUUUAUAAAAGCAACUUGGUGAAUAUUAUUCCAUACUGUUUACAUUGACAUGAGGAAAAGCUUGGGGCACUGGACACUGUUCCUCUACAAUAUUUUCUUGACUAUCUAGUUUGGAAAACUAGAUUAGGUUUAGAUGAAGGAGGAGUGAAAAUGGGUGAAAGAAAUGUCAAUAAGUUAAGAUACACAGAUGAUGUCAUAUUACAGGCAGAAAGCAGCAAUGACUUGAAACAACUCCCAGUACAGUGGU